AUGGGCUUACAAAUUUCUGUAAUCAAUAGAACGUAGGACGCUAUGCUUUCAGAAAAAUCUCUGGACACCUGCAAAGACAAGUACAAAAGGAAAGAGGAAUGUUUUAGCAGAGAAAAAUAUUCCAAGCUUAUAAACAUGGAAUGAGAUACCCCGAUUGCACAAUUGCGGCUCGUGCAGUUGGUGGUAGUUACAGUAUCUCUGGGUAGGACGGUGUGUUUAUGUCUGCCGUAAGGAAUGACAGGUGUUGAACAUUCGUGUCUUUGAAGAUAUAGACUAUUGUAUCUAAAUAAAAUUAGUCAUGGGGACUGGUGAGAUGAGCGAAAGUGAAAUGCUGGACGUCGUCGAGGCUCGGAUAACACUGUUGGAAAAACAGAUUUUGGGAAAGCGAGACGUUCCAGAAAAUUACACGCCUGUAUCAGAAGCAAUUUCACGGACAAGCAGCCACUUGCAGAGUGCUAUAUCAGGUCGAGAAAAAAUUACUGCCGUCAUGAAAAGAUUGUCAGAACUCGAGAAAUAUCUUAACCCUAGUAAUGAUAUGUUGGGUGCGGCUGACAUCGAUGCUAUGUAUCAAACUAUACUACUUUCUGAGCCACUGUUAAGGAAUAAUGUUGUACUUUUAAAUCAGAUAAAGGAACUAGAACCAGUACUAAAUAGUGAACAUACAAAAAAUGUGCCAGCAUUGUCUAAGCGACUUGAACAAUUAGCUCUUACAAAUUUAGAACUUAAAGAUAAAGCAGACGAUUUAUGUGGAAACUUUCGUGAUUAUAUACAAGAGUAUAAUAGCGUUAUUACAGAAAUAUCGCGUGCACUUGUGAAAUUUGAUGCAUGUCUUACUCGAUUGGAGAUUGAAGCUCAGCCUAAGGUCAUUGAUGACUGAUGUUGCCGAGUUCCGAAUGUCUUUCAAGCCUUUUAUAGUGUAUAAUUCCUGUAGUCUAGCUAUCAGUACUGGUAUUGUAACGGACGAAUUGCAUCUGUGGACACAGUAGAUCAAUUUGUGCACACCAUUUAAUAACUUUGCAAAUCUACUUGUGAAAACCAAUUAUACAUAUGUAAUUGCAGGAACUUUGUGUUUAGUUCAAUAAGCUUGCAUUGUCAAUCGAUUAUUUCUGAAAAUGUGAAUAAAAAGUUAACGUAUUUGAUGUGCUUCACUCACAGUAGGGCCCAUUGGUCCCUGAAGCUUGUACUAAGGAUUAUGCUGUAAACUAUGUUUCAUUAAAAAAUAAAUAAAACUAGUGUAAU